GCGCCGCUUUCAUUUUCUUCAUCUUGCCAGGAUUUCGUUUCAACCAAGCUUAGUUUGCAUAGGCCAGUGCCCCAUUUUAAGCGGUGGGCGGGGUUACGAUUGAUUGGCUUCUUCCACAGCCAAUCGGAUCUGCCCUCUCGAUAGCUGCCACCACCUUUUAAGUUCAUUUAAUGAAGAUGGAGACAGAGCAGGAAGAGGUUGAAUUCACUAACACAGAGACCAACGGAAAACGUCCAGCAGAAGACAUGGAGGACGAACAGGCUUUCAAAAGAUCCCGAAACACAGAUAUGAUGGUUGAAUUGCGCAUUCUGCUCCAGAGCAAAAACGCUGGUGCAGUUAUUGGUAAAGGAGGAAAAAAUAUUAAAGCACUUCGGACAGACUACAAUGCCAGUGUUUCAGUCCCAGACAGCAGUGGCCCCGAGCGUAUAUUAAGUAUCAGUGCAGACAUUGAAACAAUUGGUGAAAUCCUGAAGAAAAUCAUUCCCACGUUAGAAGAGGUAUGUGUGUUUUUAUUAUUCCUUUUAAUUCUUGAUUAUGAACAUUUUAUUAAGACUAACCCUUCUUUUCAGUACCAGCACUAUAAGGGAAACGACUUUGACUGUGAGUUAAGACUCUUAAUCCAUCAGUCGCUGGCAGGAGGCAUCAUUGGUGUCAAAGGUACAAAGAUCAAGGAACUUCGAGAGAACACACAGACUACAAUUAAACUAUUCCAGGAGUGUUGUCCCCAUUCAACAGAUCGUGUUGUGCUUAUUGGUGGAAAACCAGAUAGAGUGGUUGAGUGCAUCAAAGUAAUCCUCGACCUCAUAUCUGAGUCUCCAAUCAAAGGAAGAGCACAGCCCUAUGACCCAAACUUCUACGAUGAAACAUAUGAUUAUGGUGGCUUUACAAUGAUGUUUGAUGACAGACGCGGGCGACCUAUGGGUUUCCCUAUGCAUGCUAGAGGUGGUUUUGAUCGAAUGCCCCCAGGGCCUGGAGGUCGUCCAAUGCCUCAGUCAAGAAGAGAUUAUGAUGAUAUGAGCCCAAGGCGAGGACCACUCCCACCUCCUCCGGGUCGUGGAGGCAGAGGUGGCAGUAGAGCUCGCAAUCUUCCACUUCCACCACCCCCACCACCAAGAGGAGGUGACAGGAGAGGGAGACCUGACCAUUAUGAUGGAAUGGGUGGCUCAGGAUAUGGUCGAGGAUCCUAUGGGGAUAUAGGUGGUCCUGUCAUAACCACUCAAGUAACUAUUCCAAAAGAUUUGGCAGGCUCUAUCAUUGGAAAGGGAGGUCAAAGGAUUAAACAAAUUCGCCAUGAAUCUGGUGCAUCUAUCAAAAUUGAUGAACCAUUAGAAGGGUCAGAUGACCGAAUCAUCACAAUUAUAGGCACCCAAGACCAGAUACAGAAUGCACAAUAUUUGCUUCAGAACAGUGUGAAGCAGUAUUCUGAAGAUUAUGCUUAUGGGUUUUGACUUCUAAACAUUGAGAGGCACAUGCUCAAGGGUUCUAAUGAAUAAGUGGAUUCCAAAAUAUUUUGUUUAGAACAGCUCCAAUGGAAAAACCUGGAAUGCUUUCUUCCCCUCCCCUCUUUCGUUGCUUUUGGAUUAUAAACCAAGAUAUGGAUCAACGGAUGCAUUUGUUAAUAACCAGCAGCGCUAAGAAUCCAUAAACAUCGGAGAAUACCCCACCUCCAAGAAAAUUGUACAGAAUUACCGUAGUAGAGCUGAAUGAAUAUAUCUGCUUUAUGUUAAAGAUUUAGUGUUUGUGUUUUUUUUUUUUUUUUUAAUCAGUUAUUAGAUGGAGAAUGAAGCAACACAUAAGCAUUUCUGUGCAAAACUUACUGGGAUAACUGUUAAUAUCUGAGCAGCUGAUACAUCUGGGUUUUUAGUUUUUGCUCUGGAUUAUUUUUUUAUUUUCUCUAAAUGUCCUAAUUCCAAUACCUGUUUUCUUUACCUGCAUUGUCUGUUUAGAAUUGGGGGUUUGUGUUCACUGUAACAAUGUGCCCGGCUGUACACACUGCUGUUUUAUCACUUUUACAUUGGUAUGUUGUAACUGAAAUUAGUCACCUGUGUUAGUGUAUUGAGAUGACCAGCUGUGCUCUCAGUUUUUAUCAAUAUAAUUAAAGUUGGAAGGUUUUUUUUUUAUUCAGUAGAUGUAGCCAAUUGAGCAGUAAAACCUUUUUUUAUUUGACUAAACAAGAAUUCUCAUUUAAACUA